AAAACCACACGCUAAGAAAGAGGGAGAACAGACCGACUCAAAAACAAAAGAAACGGAAGAUGAAGUUGACCUGGAAAAACCAGGACAAGAAACACAAACGCCCGCUCCUCUCCAUUUCAACCCUCCCUUUCGAUCAAAACGAUGAUCACAUCACCAACAACAGCGAAGACCGACCAAGAUCUGAUAAUGAUACAGACCAUAACACCGAGCAAGCUCAAACCUAUCAUCACAACGACACCAAACUCGCCGAAGCCUUUCACGCACAGGGAAACAAACUCGCUGAGGAUGGGAGGUACCAUGAAGCUCUUGGGAAGUGGGAAGCUGCUAUUACUUUGAUGCCAGAAAGAGCAGUUUUACAUGAGCAGAAGGCUCAAGUUUUACUUGAAAUUGGAGAAGCAUGGAAUGCGUUGAAGGCGGCAACUCGAGCUACUGAAUUGGAGCCAUCAUGGGCUGAGGCCUGGAUCACUCUUGGUAGAGCACAACUAAACUUUGGGGAGCCUGAUAAUGCUAUUGAAAGCUUUGACAGAGCGUUAGCUAUCAAGCCUGAUUUUGUUGAGGCACUAGAUGACUGGGAAACUGCAUCACAUCUUGUGAAGAAGCGUAAGCAGCUUCACUCAUCAGGCUCAAGUACUACUAAAAAUCGGUACGUGGUUGGGGACAAGACUGAAAGCUCCUGAAGGUAUGUGAAUGGCUGGGUAUAAAGUAGUCUGCUGUUUCUGUGUAUGCUUCUUUGGCUGUCAUGGAGGAAGAAAGGAACUUUGGGAUCUCACAUAUUUUCUAGUCACAGAGAGAGAGAGAGAGAUAUAGAGAAUGAAUAGAUGUUUGGGUUGUACUGGUUUGCUAAUCUGAACUCGAGUUACGCCUGAAAGCACAAUCUGAUGCCUCAAAUGUUCUUCAUUUUCUUGGAAUCUGGUACACCCUGUUGUUAUUAAUCAGAAGGAUGGAACCUACGCCAUGAAGCCUGUAAUUCGUUAUAGAAAAGAUAAACACAUCUUGAAUAUAAGAUUUUACUUAGCUCUGCCAUGUCAAGCCAAAUAACUCAUCUUCAUAAUUUCACUGUAUUGUUUUCUUCCUUGUUAUGUUCCUAUUAAGUGUAGAAGUAAAGCAGUUCAACAGUUUUUAUGGCAUAAUUUGAAAACCAUAGUAUUAUGUAAUGUUAAUGUCAGUCUUAGUUGCAUAUAA